AUGGCUGCGACAACGGAAGGACAGGAUAAGGUAUUGGCCACGGCGCAGCGCAUCGUACAGAGCCUCCAUAACACUUCCGACACCGACGACAUGCUUCUUAUCCUCUCGGCGUUUGAUAACCGUCUCUCCACGCUAUCCUCCUUUGUAUCGUCGGAUGACCAUUCGUCGGGUGCCCAGAAGUCUGCCUCCGCCGUGGACCCCCGCUUCGAGGCCGCCGAGCAGAUCAUAUUAAACGAGGCCAAUUCGUCUGCUUUAACAGAUGAUUACUUGGCUGCGGUUGAUGAGUUGAUUCAAUCGACCGAGGAAUUGAAUUUGAACUAUCGAGAUGGGGCGACUGAUGCCAGAUGUGACAUCAUGGACCGGGCGGAGAACGCGCUUCAGGUGGCAAUGAUGCGCCUGGAGGAUGAGUUCGGGCACAUUCUCAUCCGAAACACUGUGCCCCUAGACCCGGAGCGGCUCCACCGCUCCUCUCAUUCCUCGUCGACCAUAGCCAUUGCCGCCUCUGAUAUUUUUGAUGAUGAUGCGAGGGAAAGCCUGGAUAGUAUCAGUUGUGGGCGGUACAGCCACCGCCGCCGCGGACAGGGCAUGAGUUUUGGGGGAGACGAUGUGCCCCUUGAUUUGAUACACCAGGAUGCAGUAAUUGAUUUGAGACAGAUCGCAGAUCGCAUGAUCCAAUCGGGGUAUGAAAAGGAAUGCUGCCAGGUGUAUUGUAGUAUCCGCCGUGAUGUUCUUGAUGAAUGUUUGCUGAUUCUUGGGGUUGAAAAAUUGAGCAUUGAGGAGGUCCAGAGGGUUGAGUGGCGUUUGCUGGAUGAUAAAAUGAAGAAAUGGAUUCAAGCAGUUAAAAUAAUUGUUCGAAGACUUUUGCCGAGUGAAAAAGACCUCUGCGAGCGCAUAUUUGUUGGGUCUGAUUUGAUCAAGGAAGUUUGCUUUUUGGAGACAGCAAAGGGCUGCGUAAUGCAGUUGUUGAAUUUUGGAGAGGCUAUUGCUGUUGGGAGGAGGUCCUCAGAGAAACUGUUUAGGAUUCUUGAUAUGUAUGAUGCAUUGGCAGGGGUUUUGCCAGACUUGCAAUCGCUAUUUAUGGACGAAGAGGCAGGUGAUAUGGUAUGUAGCGAGGCCAAAGGAGUAUUGGAUGGUUUGGGUGAGGCUGCCAUUGGGACUUUCAUUGAGUUUGAGAAUGCAGUUCAGACUGAGUCUUCUAGGAAGACAUUGCAGAAUGGUGAAAUUCACCCACUCACUCGAUAUGUUAUGAAUUAUGUGAAGUUGCUAGUGGAUUAUAGUGAUACUCUCAAUGCACUUUUGGAGAAUGCAGAAGACAAUGCAGAGGAUGAGUUAAGAGGGGUGGAGAGUGGAAACAGUGACAAUUCAGAGAUGAAAAGCAUGUCCCUGAUAGGUAUGCGCCUGUUGGCAUUGAUUAAAUCUUUGGAAUCAAAUCUUGAAGAGAAAUCGAGAAUGUAUGAGGAUACGGCAAUGCAGUAUAUAUUUUUAAUGAAUAAUAUACUGUAUAUCGUACAGAAAGUGAAAGACUCAGAGCUCCAAAACCUUUUGGGAGAUAACUGGAUUAAAAAGCGACGGGGCCAGAUUCGACAGUAUGCUACACAAUAUCUUAGGGCAUCAUGGAGCAAUGCCUUAUCUUGUUUGAAGGAUGUAGGAAUUGUGGGGAGUUCAAGUAAUGCAUCAAAGGCGGCUUUGAAGGAAAGAUUCAAAAAUUUUAAUGCUUGUUUUGAAGAUAUAUAUAAGACUCAGACAGCUUGGAAGGUCCCAGAUCCUCAGCUUCGUGAAGAGCUCCGGAUAUCCAUUUCGGAAAAGGUGUUACCUGCUUAUCGCGCUUUUGUGGGUAGGUUUGGCAGCCAUCUGGAAAGUGGGAGGAAUGCUGGUAGGUACAUAAAAUACAAUCCAGACGAUUUAGAGAAUUAUUUGUUGGAUCUAUUUGAGGGAACACCCCUUAUUCUGCACCAUAUGAGACGAAAAAGUACAUAG